AUGCCCCUGAAUUCCAGUCACAGCUCUUUGGAGCUCAAGGGUGGGAACUGCGAGAUUCCUGGCAAGGACGACGCGGAGGAUUUCCGCCGGCUGCUCAACACCAUGGAGGUGCUGAGCUUCAGCGUGGAUGAGCAGAACAGCAUCUUCCGCAUCCUCUCCUCCGUCCUCCACCUGGGCAACGUCUACUUUGAGAAAUACGAGACCGACUGCCAGGAGGUGGCCACGGUGGUGAGCGCCACGGAGAUCCGGACGGUGGCUGAGCUGCUGCAGGUGUCCCCCGAGGGCCUGCAGAAAGCCAUCACCUUCAAGGUGACGGAAACGCUGCGGGAGAAGAUUUUUACCCCUCUCACUGUUGAAAGCGCCGUGGAUGCCAGGGAUGCCAUUGCCAAGACCCUCUACUCCCUGCUCUUUGGCUGGCUCACAGACCGCAUCAACAAGCUGGUGUACCCUCGGCAGGAGGCCCUCUCCAUUGCCAUCCUGGACAUCUACGGCUUCGAGGACCUCAACUUCAACAGCUUUGAGCAGCUGUGCAUCAACUAUGCCAACGAGUACCUGCAGUUCUUCUUCAACAAGAUCGUCUUCCAGGAGGAGCAGGAAGAGUAUCUCCGGGAGCAGAUUGAGUGGAAGGAGAUCCCCUUCAGUGACAACCAGCCCUGCAUCGACCUCAUCUCCCAGAAGCCCUACGGCAUCCUCCGGAUCCUGGAUGACCAGAGCUGCUUCCCCCAGGCCACCGACCACACGUUCCUCCAGAAGUGUCACUACCACCAUGGGACAAACCCGCUCUACACGAAGCCCAAGAUGCCGCUGCCCGAGUUCACCAUCAAGCACUAUGCAGGGAAGGUGACCUACCAGGUUCACAAAUUUUUGGAUAAAAACUAUGACCAGGUCCGUCAGGAUGUGCUGGACCUGUUCAUCAGCAGCAAGACCAAGGUGGUGGCCAACCUCUUCUUUGGCCAUGCCCAGGUGAUGGCCCGGCAGAGGAGCCUCAUCCGGAGGAGCAGCACGAGGACACGGCGGUACAAGGCUCCCACUGUGGCCGCCCGCUUCCAGCAGUCGCUCCUGGAGCUGGUGGAGAAGAUGGAGAGGUGCAACCCCUUCUUUGUGCGCUGCCUCAAACCCAACAACAAGAAGGAGCCAGGGCUCUUCGAGGCUGACGUGGUCAGCAGCCAGCUGCGCUACUCGGGCAUCCUGGAGACCAUCCGCAUCCGCAAGGAGGGCUUCCCCAUCCGCAUCCCCUUCCUCGUCUUCAUCGACAGGUACCGCUGCCUCGUCGACAUGUGGUCCAACAUCAUUCCCAAUGGAGCCAACUGCGUGGAGAUGCUGAGGAAUCUCUGCACCGUUAACCCCGGCAUGUACUACGUUGGCGUCACCAAGCUCUUCCUUAAGGAGCAGCUGUAUCAGGCACUGGAGAGCAAGCGAGCCCGUGCCCAUCACCUGGCCGCGCUCACACUCCAGCGCUACGCUCGCACCUUCUUCAUCAAGCGGCGUUUCCGCUCCCUCCGCCGCAAGAUCGUCCUCCUGCAGAGCCGGGCACGGGGAUACCUGGCCAGGCAGCGGUACCGGCGCAUGCGGCACACGCUCAUCAAGUUCAGGUCGCUGGUGCACAUCUACGUGAACCGCCGGCGGUACCUCAAGAGGAAGGAGGAUGCUCGCCGGCGGGCUGAGGAGGAGAAGGAGAGGAUGAAGGAGGAGCUGACACGGAGGGAGGUGGUGGAUGUCACCCACCUGGAGAUCCCGGCCGAGCUGAUGGGGCUGCUGGAGGCUGCUGCAGCCGCCCAGGAGGUGAAUGCCGGCUGCGUGGUCCUGGUGCCACCGCCGGCACUGCAGCCCGACUCCAAGCUCACCCUCCCGCUCGACAUCAACGACUACCCCAUGGCCAAGUACGUGCGGGGCCACUUCCAGGAACCGGCGUUCGGGAUGCUGACGGCCCCGCUGAAGGCCCCCCUCACCCGGCUGGAUGAGGAGCUGUGCCACGAGGCACUCAGCAUCUUCCAACUGAUCCUGCGGUUCAUGGGGGACCCGGGGCUGGGCGGCCUGCAGGAGACCCUCUUUGGCAACUACAUCGUGCAGAAGGGGCUGUCAGUGCCAGGGCUGCGGGAUGAGCUCCUGGCACAAGCUGCCAACCAGGUCUGGCGGAACACCAACGUCAACAACGAGGAGCGGGGCUGGCUGCUGUUGGCCACCUGCCUCAGCGCCUUCCCCCCGUCCUCCGCCUUCGACAAGUACCUGCUCAAGUUCGUCUCUGACUACGCCUUCGCUGGCUACAAGCCGGUGUGCCAGCGCAAGCUGAUGCACGCCAUGGCCCGGUCCCAGCUGGGCACGGCGGCCGCCCGCACCUUCCCGCCCUCGCUGCUGGAGUGGACGGCGAACCGGCAGCAGGCCAGCAUGGCCCUCGACCUGCACUGCUUCAACGGUGACCAGUUCUCCUGCCCCAUCCACUCCUGGAGCACGGGCGAGGACCUGGCAGGGGAUGUCCUGAAGCACAGGGGGCUGGCAGAGGGCUGGCGUGGCUGGUCUGUGGCCAUGAAGGUGGGUGCCCAGUGGGCCGAGCUGGCUGGCCAUGACUAUGUCCUGGACCUCAUCUCCGACCUCGAGCUGCUCCGGGGCUUCCCCAGACAGAAAUCCUGCUUCCUCAUCGCAUGGGAUGGGACUGAGAGCCUCGGCAGGGACAGCCGGGUGGUGCUGGGACAUGGGUUGGAUUUGGAUGAGGUGCCUCCUCCCCCAGCUGUGAAAGCCCCCACGCUGCCCUCCACAGAGAUGUACCACCCCCAUGAUGGGGAAUUUGGGGAGCCACGCAGCCAGAAGGGUCUGGACCGGUACCUGGACAGCCUCUUUGAUCCAGUGCUCUCCUACGGCAAUGGGGAGCUGGAGAAGCCAGCCAUCCUCUCACAGAGGAUGAAGGGAGGAGGUGGCGUGGGAGGGGGGGACAGUGGCAGUGAUGCCAAUCGGAGUGGACUCCCUGUGCCUGCAGAGAUGCGUCAGCCAAGAGGCACAGAGCCAGCCCUGUCCCCGCAGAGCAGGCCAGAUGCCAACCAGCCACCCGGACUCCCGGGCAGAGCAGCAGAGGGGACACCACCCCGCACCCCCCAGCCCCGGCCCUACUCACAGAAAGCCGCAGCUGUGGGGCGGCGGUGGCCAGGAGAGCUGGUGCGGCAUUCCCGGCUCAACUCAGAGCAUUUCCCACGGCCCACACACGACAUCCGGAACAUCAUCCGGCAGUGCCAGCCAGCCCUGCGCAGCUCCCAGGCCCCCAGCAAGCUUUUUGGGAAGAAGGUGGACCCCCACGAGGAAGCCAUGCAGAUCCUGAAGGAACAGCUCUCGGCAGCUCGGGUGCCAGCGGCUGUGGGGCCCAAGGAGGUGGUGGCCACAGUGAAGCCGGUGCCCAGUGCCAAGUACCAGCUGCGAGCACCCACGGGGCGUCCAGCAGCCACCCGGCCCCCAGUCUCUGUCUCUCGGGAGCUCCCAUCUGAGGCACAGCAGGUCCAGACCCAGCUGCACCGGAGCUGCAGUGAGGACUUCUACACCUACCACAACGUGCCCUGGAAAAUAUUCAUCCGGAAGGAGGUUUUCUACCCUAAGGACAGCAUCAACAACCCACUGCUGCUCGACCUCAUCUUCAGGCAGAUCUUCAAUGACGUGCUGUCUGACACCUGCAUCCGGAUCAGCCAGGAGGAGCGGCUCCGCUUGAAAUCCCUCUUUGCGGAAAACAAGCUGGACUCCUUCAGCCCCGUGGCCACCGAGAGUGUCAAGAGGGAGAUCAUCGCUGCAGCCCGGGAUGGCUGUGAGGUGUAUUUCUCCCGUCUCUUCCCUGCCACGGGCAGUGUGGGGACGGGUGUGCAGAUCCUGGCUGUGUCCCACACCGGCAUCAAGCUGCUGCGGCUGGUGAAGGGCACCAACGUCCCCGGGGAGCAGCUGCGGGUGCUGCGGGCGUACAGCUACGCCGACGUGCUCUUCGUGACCACCCCAUCCAGGAACAUGCUGGAGUUCAACCUGCGCAGCGAGAAGCUCAUCCUCUUCUCCCCCAAAGCCCCCCAGGUCAAGGUCACGGUCGACCACUUCAUCACGGAGCUCAGGAAGGACUCCCAGUAUGUGGUGGCUGUCAGGAACUACAGCCCAGAGGAUGGGGGACAGCUCAGCUUCCACAAAGGGGACAUCAUCCACCUCCAGUCGCUGGAGCAUCCUGAGAGAGACUACUACUAUGGCUGCGUGGUCCGCAAGAAGGUGAUGUACCUGGAGGAGCUGAAGACAGGCACCCAGGACUUUGGUGACGGGCUUUGUGGCCCCUCUUCCCUGCCUUUACCUCAAAUGCUGCUGAACUGCAGCUGCUUCCAGCCAAAAUCUGUGGCCACACCUCUGGAAAAGGAGCUGGACCGGAAAACCGAGGUGUCCCCGGCCAGUGCCACCUUUGCGGAGGGUCUGGAGGGAGACGGUGUCGAGCAGCUCAGGGAUGUCACAGGGACCUGCCCCAUGCUGGCCUUUGCCCAGCGGCAUUUCCGUGCGGCACGACAUGGGACCAUGGAUUCCUGUGGGACAAAGGCCAGGAGCGAUGUGCCCAGUGUGCUGGAGAUGCUGACGUUCACCAAGAUCCCCAUUCAGGAGUCACUUAUCGAAUUUGUGGAUGGUGGCAUCAACAAACAGGCUGCUGAGGCUUUCCAAGCUGUGAUGAAGUUCAUGGGUGACCACCCUCUGCGGGGGCAGACAGAGCUGGAUGCUGUCUGCACCAUCCUCAAGCUCUGCGCGGAGCACGAGGUCCUGCGGGACGAGGUGUAUUGCCAGAUCAUCAAGCAGAUCACCAACAACACCAGCUCCAAGACGGACAGCUGCCAGAAGGGCUGGAGGCUGCUCUACAUCCUCGCUGCCUACUACAAGUGCUCCGAGGUGCUCCGGCCCUUUCUCCUGGCCUUCCUGCAGGACGCUAGCAGGCACCCGGAGCUGCCCUUCCACGGCAUCGCCAAAGCCUGCGAGCAGAACCUGCGGAAAACCCUGCAAUUCGGCGGCCGCAGCCUCUUCCCCAGCAGCAUGGAGCUCAAGGCCAUGGUGGCCGGACGCAGCGCCAAGCGCCAGCUCUUCCUCCUGCCCGGUGGCAUCGAGAGGCACCUCAAGAUCAAGACGUGCUCGGUGGCUCUGGAUGUGAUCGAGGAGCUGUGCUGCGAGAUGGGGCUGCAGCAUCCAGAGGCUUUGGAGGAGUACAUCCUCUUCGUGGUGACUGACAGAGGGCAGAGUGUGCGGCCACUGACCCGCCGGGAAUACGUCCUGGAUGUGGCUGCCGAGACGGAGUGCCGGGACACCAGCUACACCUUCUGGUGCCGCCGCGUGGUCUGGAGCCAGCCCCUCAAGUUCGACAACGAGCUCUACGUCACUGUCCACUACAACCAGGUGCUCCCUGACUACCUCAAGGGGCUGUUCACCGUCCUGCCACCCGCGAGGCCAGGAGAGCAGCACUUCCCACACGUGGCCAAGCUGGCUGCCCUCCAGCACCGAGCCAAGGACCACCACCACCUCCCUACUGCGCGGGAGAUGCAGGACUACGUCCCCCCACAGCUCUUCUGCCUGCUGAAGCCCCAGUCCUGGCUGCAGAUGGUGACCCAGCACGUCCAGCAAGCCAAGGCCCUCAGCGCCCACCAGGCCAGGGCACAGUUCCUGGGGCUGCUGAGUGCCUACCCCAUGUUUGGCUCAUCCUUCUUCUACAUCCAGAGCUGCAGCAACAACGCCAUCGUCUCGCCCUGCAUCCUGGCCGUCAACCAGAACGGCCUCAACUUCCUCAGCAAGGAGACCCACGAACCCAUCGCCAAGUUCUCGCUGAACGAGAUCCAGUCCACGCGGACGCAGCGGCCGACGGCCGGAUCCAGCUAUCCCUACGUGGAGAUCACGCUGGGAGACCUCCUGGCCCAGGGCAUCACCCAGCUGCAGCUGGAGCAGCCCCCCUACGACCGCAAGCGGCGGCACCAGGAGGACUCCGGCUCCGAGCCCAGCGACUACGAGGAGCAGAAGGAGGAGGAGGAAGCCCGGAAAGUGAAGAGCGGCAUCCGCCAGCUUCGCCUGUUCAGCGCCGAGGAGUGCGCCAAGAUCGAGGCGCGCAUCGAGGACGUGGUGUCCCGGGCCGAGAAGGGGCUCUACAAGGAGCACACGGUGGACCGGGCGCCGCUGCGGAACAAGUAUUUUUUCGGGGAAGGCUACACCUACGGGUCCCAGCUGCAGAGGAGAGGGCCCGGCCAGGAGCGGCUGUACCCGCGGGGGGAGGUGGACGCCAUCCCCGAGUGGGUGCACGACCUGGUGAUCAGGAAGCUGGUGGAGCACCGGGUGAUCCCCGAGGGCUUUGUGAACAGUGCCGUCAUCAACGACUACCAGCCGGGGGGCUGCAUUGUCUCCCACGUUGACCCCAUCCAUAUCUUUGAGAGGCCCAUCGUGUCCGUCUCCUUCUUCAGCGACUCGGCGCUCUGCUUCGGGUGUAAAUUCCAGUUCAAGCCCAUCAGGGUCUCGGAGCCCGUUCUCUUCCUGCCCGUGAAGAGAGGAAGCGUCACGGUGCUCAGUGGGUAUGCGGCCGACGAAAUCACACACUGUAUUCGACCACAGGACAUCAAGGAGAGAAGAGCUGUCAUCAUCCUGAGGAAAACAAGACUAGAUGCACCUCGAUUGGAAACAAAAUCCCUGAGUAGCUCUGUGUUGCCACCAGGUUAUAACUCUGACCGUCUAUCAGGAAGCAACCGGGACCAGAUCCUGAAACCAAAGCGGUCCCAUCGCAAAGCAGAUCCUGAUGCUGCUCACAGGCCACGGAUCCUGGAAAUGGAUAAAGAGGAGAACAGGCGCUCGGUCCUCUUACCAAAACAUAGGAGACGGAGCAACUUCAGCUCCGAGAACUAUUGGCGACGGUCGUACGAGUACACGGAGGACUGUGAGGAGGAGGAGGAGGACGGCAGCCCGGCCAGGAAAGUUAAAAUGAGGCGGCACUGAGGAUUGCUCUUUCCAGGCUCGUGGAGCUGAUGAGAUUGGCCUCCAGUCUGUGAAAACUUUUCUCCUCCCUCUGGCUAUCUUCCAUCUAGCUUCAGUUUUGGUUUUUCCUUUCAGGCUGAAGAGUAAACAGGAAGGAUUUGAGUUUUAUGAAUGGAGGAAUGCUGAGACAUACGUAAGGAUGGAACAUGUCCAGUGCACAUGCUGUCCUGAGUCAUGGGUCGAGCGGGCAUCUCUCCCUUAGGAAGCAGAUAAAGUUAUGCCAGGCUGUCUGUUGGGAUUUCUUUUGAAAACACCAAAAAGUUUAACUGUUUCAUUGCGCAAGAUUCAAGAAUUGUAUUUUUGUUUUUGUUUGUUUGUUUUUUUCGCUUUAACACUCUUCCUUUCCAAAUGUUCUAAAUAUGAUGUUUGACCCCAGGAGCUGAAAUUCCAUGGUGGCAUCAUGUUCCUUGUUUUACCAAAGGGCUCCUUGGUCUGCUCUUUCCUGGUGGUUGUUGGGUCUGUUUUAAGGGUGCCCUGCAGUAACUGGAAGUUUGAAGCUUUGCAGACCCCUCUUACUGCGAUUGAUUUCAAAGGGUUUAGGACAUUUUCGUUGCACUUUAGUGUUUUAAAUGCAGUAGGUUUCCUUUCCAGACCCUUUUCCCAAGCCAGCGUGGGCUCGCAGCCUUGUGUCCCUGCGCUGCCCUCUCCGAGAAGAAUGUACUAGAGCUCUGGUUUCUCAGUGCUGAUCUGACAGGGGUGUGUUGUUGUGUUGUGAUUGAGGAGGAAGGAAUCAUGGCUGGCUUCCCUGAGGAUGGCCCAGCAUUGUCCUGAGAUCCAUAUUGGAACCUUGGGGCUGGCGAGUGAGGGAUCACACUGAGUAUGUGCUGCUUCCCAGAGCUGGGGAUAGCGAGGAGGAGUAGGAGAGACGCUGUGCUUGUGAGGGCGUGUGCCUUGGGACCCCGGAGAGGAGCUGUUCUCCACUGCCCCUUUCAGGUGGAGAGAGUUGAGAGGCACAGCAUCCCAGCACAGUGUCCCAUCCCAAGGGACUGGCUGUGCUCUGCCGUGGCCUUGGCCGUGGUCUGUCCCCUCCAAGGCUGGGAGUGGGGACACUGCAGGGGUCUAGUUUGGCCCCGGUUCAGUGCAUCCAGCACUGAAGUUGCCUGCCUUCUCCUGCCUGUAUUCCCAUGGUAGGGAGCUUUCUGGUUGCUACAGGAAAUGCUGAGACGAAUCAGGCAUUCAGCCCCAUGGAGUUGUGUUAGAACAUCUGCCUCCAUCCUCCUCUUCUCCCACCCGGUUUGUGUUAGCCCAGACCAAAGCCUUGGCGUUUGCAAAGUUUUGGGGCCCGACACCAUAUUUAGAACCCUACUUUUAAGGAAAACUUCCUCCAGUUGAUUCUUUGAACCCAAGUGUUGGCAGUUGUAAGGAGUAGUCUUAUUUUUAAAUUUUUACUGCUUUUCCCUCCUUCCAAUUGUAGUUUUUCUUAGUGCUGUGUCCCCCACACACUUCGUGGUCUGCACACUUGGCAAUAAAAAGAUGUAAUAUAUUUUGAAACCCGUUUGCUGCUGUCUUGAGGGGCUCCUGGUCUAAAAUAGCCACCCAGGCAUUUGUUCCCUGCAGAAUACGUGCUGACAUCUGGAUCCCACUGUCCUUUUCCUUCCCUGCUGAUUAUUUCUGCAGCUCCUGGCGCUCGCCUGUUGUUGGGGUUCUGCUGAGGCUGGAUCUUGUGGUCACAGUAGCACGGGGGAUGUUGCCAUCACCUUCAGCACAGUGCUGGUCUGUGGGGGUCUGUACCUGAGGUACCCCGUGCCUGUCUCUUGAUUAUUUUAUCCAAUUGCUUUCCUGGUGAGAGCCCCUGCUGGCUCCAUGCCAAGGUACAGGCAGAGCCUUUGAAGGAACCCAUCUUAUCUGCCCAGAAAUCUGAAAGCUCAUGCUUCUGCCACUUCUGAAACCUUUAAAAUGCCAUUUUCAGACCACACGUAGCAUUUGAAGCGAUGUUCCUCGUCCUCCCAGCUUCCUGCUGCGAAUCCAGGCCAGCUCUUGGCUACAAACCCCUUGUUUUGGAAAGCUUGGCAUCCCCCUGAUUGCAAAACCGCAUGUGGGGAGCAGCAAUCCCUUCUCCUCCUUAUGGCUUUGUCUUUCUGGAUUCAUCCUGGCUGUGCCCACCACAGCACCAGGCUCUGCCACGGGUGUGACAGUGACAGUGGUCACUGCUGGAGGUCUUGGCUCUCCCCUCUCCCUUCCUGGCUCCCAGUUUUAUGCCUACCUCUGCAAUACAGAUACUCUACUCUGGUGUCAGCUCAAAACGAAGCUGGAGGCAGCCUGCCUUUCCGGUGGCAGCUUCCCAGAGCAGGAUUCCCAUGGGAUGAGGUGCUGGCUGUAUCUCUGCUGAAGGCUGAACUAGGCAUCCUGAGGUCUUACCUCUUGCCUGGUAUCAGGCAUCACCUCAUCCUGGUCCUUGUGCAGUCCGUAUGUGUGCAAGUAUCCUUUCCCAGCUUGUUUUGGAAUUCCUGCAUGCCAUGGUUGGGAGCUCUUCCCUUCUCCCUUCCUCCCUGCCUUGCAUCCGUGCAGUGGGUCAGAGCUGGCAGCCGUGGCUGGGGGGGCAGGAGGAGCUCCAGCCACCAUCUCAUAGCUCACCUGGUUUUCAACCUGACUGGUUGGGGGUUGACACCUUGGAGAGAGAGAGGGAGCGGGGUGCAAGCAGUGGGACCCGCGGCAUCCCUCGGGAGAGGAGUCCCCAGCGUGCAGGCAGGGCCAUCUUCCCACUUGUACAGACAUUUUCUAUAGACACGGAUGUAUAUGUGUAGAUAACAUGGUUUUUUAACUCUUUUGCACUGAACAACAUCGGAGUGAAACCUGGAUUCGAAACCAGAAGACACAUUUUUCACGUGGGUCCAGAGGUCUGGAUCCCUUGCUGUAACCUGUCUGGUGAAACUGUGGCUCGGAAUUCCUGGUGAUCCCACACCUUUUCUCUGUCGGGCUGCCCGCAGGCGUUGGGUCAGGCUGGUGCCAUGGGGCUGGUGUGGGAGUGUGGAGGGCGGAGAGCUCCAUUUUGGAGGCAAAACUUUUCCCAUGUGCUCCGUGGGAUGGGCUCAUGCACAGCCCUGACCCCCUCAGCUUUGUCCUGUGUCUGAUCCAGCUGUGUGGUCCGACCUCCUCUCCAUCCACCCACAACGUGUCCUUGCUCAGCCCCAAACUGGGAAUAAGGCUACAUCCAGUGUGACAGUCCAUGCUCCCAGACCCAGAGCCCAGACCAGGAGAACUGUCUUUCCUAAGGAAGGGGGAGGAAGGUGGGGUUCAUCCCUAGUUCAGUGGGAGUCAUCCCUGCUUUUCUGUGAAGAACAGGAGGAAUUGGGGUUUGUUGCUGUUGCCCGUAUCUCCAGAAGAGUCAGUGGUGGAAUUAUCCAAGCCCAAGGGUCAAAACAGCUGCCAGGCUUUGAGGAGGGCUCAGGGGGGCUGGGGUUGGACCCCCACCAGCAGCAAAGAGUCUUUUACCUGCCAAAAAUGUUCCCUUUCCCCGUUGGGAGGAGAAACAUUUGGCCAAGAAGCGCCUGUGCUCCUUCCUCUGCCCACACUUAACAAGUUCUGGCUGACUUUAAUUUUGUUUUUUAAAAGAUUCUAAUUUUUUUUUUUUUGUUACCAAUAAAAAUAAAAAUUAAAAAAAAAAAAAGAUAAAUAAAAAAGAAAGUGGCAAUAUUUUUUUCCGUAAGCUUUUCCUAGGAAAAAGCGUGGUUUGUAACAAAGUUGUACAGUUCUGAAGUUUGAGAUACGAGAAGUACUGUGUGAAACGCUGUAAAUGGGGCAGAGAUUAUUUUAUGUACAGUCUGACGUGGGGGAAUCUUUUAAUUCUGGUUGAUUCUUAGGAAGAAUUUGGUUCUUCACUGUCAGGGUUUGGAAUUUCAUGGUUUCAUUAUUAUUUUUUUUUCUUGUAUAGAUUGCUGCAUUAAUUGAAUAAAAGCAGAAAGCAUC